CACCAACCUACAGUAAGCGGUGAAGCCCGCCAGCCCUGCGCGGGCACAGAGCCUUCCAUCAAAUGUACGUGAAUCCUAUGCUACUCGAGCACAGCGCGAAAAGACCCCUCGCUCCACGCUGUGGCAUCGAGACCAUGAACGGCCCUCACGACAGGCCAAAAGCCAAAGCCAGUAAUACCUUGCCGCGAAGGUCCCUUAUAAAGCCCCAGUGGCACGCAUGCCACCAAGACAAUCAGGCCCCUGUUUCUUGUUACACCACGUGACCAGAUCGCCGAAGCGGGGAUCGAAGCGCGAGGCUGCAGUCAUGCGGAGCUGGCUCACAGCCCCAAGCGCUCAGCCUGAUCAUUCGAAAGCAGCCAUGCACUUGCAUCCGUCUCCUACACCGCAGCCAGCGUUUGCCAACGGCCCUCGCAUCUACAGAGCAUGCGUUUGCCGCGAUGCGUCUGCUCCAGCGCCUGCCAAGCGGCACCUACGAGCUGACCCACUUCGACCAUGACGAUCCGCCCCCGUACGCCAUCCUUUCGCAUACCUGGGAGGAAGGCCAAGAAGUCUCAUAUCAGGAGCUCAUUGCUGGUGCAGGCAGAGACAAGACGGGAUUCGAGAAAAUCCGUUUCUGUGGUGAACGAGCCGAGGCAGAUAGGCUGCAGUAUUUCUGGGUCGACACCUGCUGCAUCGACAAAACCAACACCGGCGAGUUAGAUACGGCGAUUAACUACAUGUUUAGAUGGUACCAGCGCUCAUCUAAAUGUUAUGUAUACCUAUCGGAUGUUUCCGUAGAAGAUCACGACCCCGCAGCAUUUCCAAUAAUAUGGGCAGACGCCUUCCGCCGCAGCCGAUGGUUCACACGUGGAUGGACGUUACAAGAGCUUAUGGCACCAUGCAGUGUUGAAUUCUUCUCUAGGGAGGGCAAGCGUCUAGGUAGUAAGAUAACCCUAGAACGCCAAAUACACGACAUCACUAGGAUACCUAUCAGCGCUUUGAGAGGGCAAGACCUUGCCAAGUUCAGCGUUGAGGAGCGUAUGAGCUGGGUGACUUCGCGCACAACGAGUGUGAAGGAAGACCGAGCGUACUGUUUGCUCGGCAUUUUUGGGGUGUUCCUGCCAGUGAUACGUGGAGAAGGAGAAGAGCAUGCAAUGAGGCGGCUUAAAAAGGAGAUUCAGGAACAGCAAAAAGAAAUAGAAACUGAGCAGACAAGCAGCGGCAGCUACAACACGCAACGACUCCAAACAACUCGCCCAUCCCAUACGAUCCCUUUUCGUCGUGAUCCUGACUUUGUUGAUCGCUGUACGCUGCUCGACGAGCUGAAAGAACGAUGCUCUACGCCAGCGGCCCGGGUGGCGCUGGUUGGUGUUGGAGGUGUGGGCAAGUCGCAGCUUGCCAUAGAGCAUUGCUACCGCACGCAUGAGGCAUCGCCAGGGAUGUGGGUACUAUGGGCGCAUGCCAGCAGCACCGCCCGGCUCGAGCAGAGCUUCCACGAUAUCGCCAACCGUGUCAAGAUCGAAGGGCGACGAGAUUCACAGGUCAACAUUUUCAGGCUGGUGCACGACUGGAUGUGCGACACUGAUGAGCGGUGGCUACUUGUGUUAGAUAAUGUCGAUGAUACCGAUUUUCUGUUUGACGCCCAAGCUACUACUUCGAAGAUGGCAGCCAAGCCGUUGCAGGAAUACCUUCCCUACUGCGCACAUGGAUGUGUUCUUAUUACAACGCGGAAUAAAGAAGCCGCUCUGCAGCUGGUAGAACAGCGCGACAUUAUGGCGCUCAAUCCAAUGAAUGCACUGCAGGCGCGGACUUUACUCACAAAGAAGCUUGGCGUGCAAGCGACUAGUAGUAACGCUACUGAGCUCACCGAGCUCGCUACAGUACUUGAACACAUGCCGCUUGCCUUAGUUCAAGCUGCUGCAUAUAUCUCGCAGAGAGCACCGCUGUGCUCCGUAGCGCAGUACCUGGAUCAGUUUAGGAAGAGCGAGCGCAAGCGGACGAGCCUGCUCAGCUACGACAAAGACCAUCUGCGACGCGAUCGGGAGGCAAAGAACUCGAUCAUCACGACGUGGCAGAUCUCGUUCGAGUACAUACAGCAGACACGGCCGUCAGCAGCAGACCUGCUAUCGUUGAUGAGCUUCUUCGACCGCCAGGGGAUUCCCAAGGAUGUACUACAGACGCAAGCCGAGGAUCAAGAGGGCAAAGUCAAUCGCAAACUCGAUGAGGCUAGGGCAGGUCGCAAUGGGCACGACAAGAGGGUGCAGUUUGAGUGCAAUGAUUGCGACGUUGAGGAGCAGCUUGGCGAAUUUGAGAUCGACGUAGAAGAUCAACUUAGGAACGACUCUGCAGAUGCCUCUGAGGACAACAACUCUGAGGACAACGACUCCGAAGACGGUACAUUUUUUGAAGACGUCACAGCCCUACGCAACUUCAGCUUCAUCUCUGUUAGCACUGACGGCAAAACUUUUGAGAUGCACGCACUGGUGCAACUAUCGAUGCGUACGUGGCUUGCUGCGAACGGAAAAUUAGGACGCUACAAAGAGCAGUUUAUCAACAAGCUUUGUAUGGUAUUCCCCACAGGAGAGUAUGAGAACUGGAUAGCGUGCCAGGCGCUGUUCGCGCAUGCUAAGGCGGCGACUGGCCACAAGCCAGCAGGCGCAUCUUCACUGGUGCAGUGGGCUACGUUGUUGUAUCGCGCAGCAUGGUAUGCGGAGUGCAAAGGAAACGCAGGUGAAGCAGAGGUGCUAGCAACACAGUCAUUAAAGGCACGAAAGAAGGUCUUGGGGCGAGAUCACGAAGACACGAUAUGGGGUAUAGCGAUGGUGGCGAACGCCUACUCACUUGCGGGACGGUGGGAAGAAGCGGAGAAGCUAGAGGUGCAGGUAAUGGAGAUUCGCAAGACGAAGCUCGGAGCAGACCAUCCACACACGCUGACCGGCAUGAACAACCUAGCGUUGACAUACUGGAAUCAAGGCCGCUGGAAGGAAGCAGAAGAGCUACAGGUGCAGGUGAUGGAGAUUCGCAAGAGGAAGCUCGGAGCAGACCAUCCAGACACGCUGACCGGCGUGAACAACCUAGCGUUGACAUACUGGGACCAAGGCCGAUGGGAGGAAUCGGAGAAGUUAGAGGUGCAGGUGAUGGAGACUCUCAAGAAGAAGCACGGGGCAGACCAUCCACACACGCUGAGCAGCAUGAGCAACCUAGCGUCGACAUACAGGAACCAAGGCCGAUGGGAGGAAGCGGAGAAGCUAGACGUGCAGGUGAUGGAGAUUCGCAAGACGAAGCUCGGAGCAGACCAUCCAGACACGCUGAUAGGCAUGGGCAACCUAGCGUUGACAUACAUGAACCAAGGCCGAUGGGAAGAAGCGGAGAAGCUAGGGGUGCAGGUGAUGGAGCUUCGCAAGACGAAGCUCGGAGCAGACCAUCCAGACACGCUGACCGGCAUGCACAACCUAGCUUUCACAUGGAAAUCACUUGCCAAGAAUGCAGAGGCUAUGGAUCUGAUGCAGGAGAUAUGCGGCUAUAACUUCCUAUAG